UGAGGCCUGACUUAUAGUAAACCUUCAGCCUGAAACAAGACUAUCUUCCAGGAAGCGAUCGAGCUGGAGACGUCUCUCAGGAAACAACUCUUAAAACCCGAGAAUCAGUAGUAUUUGAACAUUUUUAUGUUCUGAGAAGAAUUGAGGCAGACUUUCUUUUUUAAGAUGGCAUCUGCUCGACAGCUUAGCAAAAGUGGUGGCUUGAAGUCGGCUGCCAGUCGGCAGAAGUUGAAACAGCAGCAGCCGAACGAUCGAGGAGUUGCAACUGUACCCGGGAGUUCAGGCGAAGGAUCAAGUAACUAUCCGUACAUGAAGGAAGAGCACGUGUUGACACUGGGCGAGCACUUUUACAACAGGACGAUGGUGUUGGUGCAGCAGGCUGCAAGGAGUAGCAAGGAAUCCUCAUUGUGGGACAUUGCAGAUGGGAUCUACAAGGAUGUAGAGGGCUACAUCAGCAAAGAGGCCCAAGUGAGGGCAUUUGCCCUCCUAAUGUACAAUAAAGGACUGGAGGACGCCCAGAAUGCGGAGACUGUGGCCAAACUGUGCUCCAGACUAGCUUCCUUAGAGGCAGAGGGACUCAAGUUCAGAAGUCCUCUCCUUAAGCAACUUCAGGAAGACUUCAUAUCCCGUGCGACAUGGAAAGACAAUGACCCAAAUCGAUGGCUUGCCUUUACCUGCUACCUGUGCUGCCUCUUCAGACACCUCAAGAUUGGAGAUAACUACAUCAAUGCCUUGGUCGAGCCUGUUUUUACAUGCCUGGACUCCCUUGUAACUGAUGCCGACUCAAGUGAUGAAGAAAUGAAAUGUGGUUGUAAUCAGCUCAAGGAGCUUGGACCCACUCUUGAAGAGCUCAAGCCUGCACAGAUGGAUAUCCUACUAAACAUGAUGAAAGAGAAACUCCUAGGACCCAAAUCUUCUCACUUCUCCCGCCUUCUCCUCCUAGAGAUCAUUGAGCUUAGAGCAAGCGGAUGGCACUUGACCGACACACAGCAGCAGUACUACUCAGAGAUCUUCUGCUAACAGUGGCCAAAGUGCUUCUUUAAAAGACAUUAUUCAAUAUUUUCUGUGAGAGAGAUACAAGUGCUUCUGUGUUCAGUCUUAGCUAAAGACUUCCUUCGAUAGAGUACUUUGUUUUGAUUUCAAGGACAAGCUGUAGGAGAUCUGUGAGUUAAGUGCACCGGUGUUAGUGUUAGUGUGUUAGUGUUAGCAGAUGGCACUUGACCGACACACAGCAGCAGUACUACUCCGAGAUCUUCUGCUAACGGUUGCCAAAGUGCUUCUCCUUAAAAGACAUUCUUCAAUAUUUUCUGUGACAGAGAUACAAGUGCUUCUGUGCUCAGUCUUAGCUAAAGACUUCCUUUGAUAAAGUACUUUGUUUUGUUUUCAAGGACAAGCUGUAGGAGAGCUGUGAGUUAAGUGCACCGGUGUUAGUGUUAGUGUUAGCGGAUGGCACUUGACCGACACACAGCAGCAGUAUUACUCCGAGAUCUUCUGCUAACGGUUGCCAAAGUGCUUCUUCAAAAGACAUUCUUCAAAAUUUUCUGUGGGUAUUGUUUGCUUUCAUGGAAAAGCUUUAGGAGAUAUGCGAGAGCGAUACGAGUGCUUAUGUGAGCCUUAGCUAAAGACUUUGUUCGAUAGGUUGUUUUUUUCUUCCAAGGACAAGCUGUAGGAGAUCUGUGAGUUAAGUGCAUCAGUGUUAUUGUGUUUUUGAGAUGCAAGAAUAUGAAUGCUCCUUUGAUUUUGUGUGCUAGAGUUAUGUGACACAAUCGGUUAUUACGAACACCGUCGUCUGUUUAAAUUUGUUUACAGAAGGUAGCAGUGGGCAAGCUUGGUAUUUCAUAUCCACAAUGGGAAGAUAUUUUAUAAAGCCAUGUACAUUAAAUAUAGUAGCAUUAAUAAGUUCCUCUAAAAAAAAAAAUCAGCAUUUAUGAAAUGGCAAGAGUAAUAGCCAGAGGUGUAAGGGUACAGAUAUCUCCCUCCUUCUCAUCACAAGAAAUUCAGUAUUUUCGUAAUGGUUUAUAUCUGAAUGUAUUCAAAUAUUGCUCAAGUCUUUAAUGCAAUUCAAUGGCACAUUAUGUUUUGCCAUGUUCAUUUGUAUGUAUCUACAAUUGUCAAGACUUAUGCGAAACAAUGCUUUAACUGUGAAUAUUAGUACAUAUGACAGAUCAUUUGGACUGCUAGGUAAUCAUACUUUUUGCCACCUCAUUAAUUAUUAUACCUUAUGGCAUCCAAUAUUUCCAUGUACACUCAUAAACAACCAAAUUCAAAUAGCUAACUAGUGUCUUGUAUGAACCUGGAAAAGUGGGUAGGUUAUCGUAGUUCAAGCAGCUGUUUCAGCUUGAUAUCGAGCACUUUUAGAUAUCUCAGGUCCAUGGACAACUGCAGGAAAUAUUUUAAUGAUACUAUUGAUCAUGCAAAAAUAAACAUACCAUUGAAUUACCUUUACAGUUAGUCUUGCCAGUAAUAACCUUUAAUCAACCUUCAUGUACCAGAAGAAAUAUUGAAAUAAGUUGAAGCUAUUUGUUUUCAAGAAUCCAGCUGCCCCUGCUCUAAAGUGAAUUAAUUUUAAAGAUUAACUUUAAGAUAUUUCAGCAUAAAGCAUCAUUUAAAAUGAAGCUCAUUCACGUGAUAUAUUUCAGAAAAUUUACAAAAAUGUUGGUUUGUAUUCAAUGAUGGUAAAGAAUGAAUAUGAAUGGAAGAAGCUAUAAUUAAUCUUUAAAGCUUUAUUUAUCAUUUGUGCAUGAUUCUUUAUCUGACAUAUUGCAUGCAUUGAUUAAGAGUUGUUUGUGUUUAUAAGAUUUAAGGAGAGGAGAGGAUUGGUGGACACUCCUGGUUUUUUUCUUUCACCUCCAGUUUGUCAUUUGUUUGAUUUUUAACCAAGUUUUACCUACAUUUAUUUUAUUACACAUGGAACCAAAGUUCACACAAAGUCUGUUGUGGGUUGUUGAAAUUCCUGCAUAGCUCAAACAAAUUUAUAAUCGGUACAAAUAAUAAUGAUUAAUCAUGGAAUGAUUCCGAUACCUAUUUUAGAUUGUUGAUAGCACCUCUAUCAAUUUUCUCCCAUUAUAUGCCAAAUAUCAUAAUUCCUAAUCUGUUUCCUUUAGAUUUGAAGGAGAUACGUUUAAAUUCAGAAUUUGCAUCAGUGCAACUGUAAAUGUACACGUGUUUGUGGCUGAAGAAAGCUAUACUACUUUGAGAAUUAGCAGCAAAACCAAAACUGUAUAUAGCAGAAUAGCAUUUCUAAAUGUAUUGACAGUACUCAUUGUUGCUGUGUUUAGUUUUCAUGCAGCUUCUCCAUCUGUUAUUCUACUCUCUUUCUUAUAUCCUCUUAUUUUGUUUUAUACAUUAUUGUAAAUACAAACAAAUGUUAUUUUAUGCCUUCAUACUUCUCGAACAUAAUAAGACAUUGUAUUAAAUACAUUUCUUUAAAA